UUCUCAUAUCUUUCAAUUUUGGUUUUGCUACUUGUCACAUAUUAUUUACAUGAUAGAAAAUAUGAGAAAAGAUAUGUAAAAAAAAUUAAAAAGCGUGUUAUGGGUUACUAAAUCAAACCGACUAAGAGUUAAAUGUCGAAUAAAAUGGACGAAAAAGAAGAAUUACACCUAACCUCGCAAGAAUUACAAGUUUUGUCAGAGCUUGACAGUCGUCAGUUUGGGUUUCUAAAGUUGAGAGGUAGUGAACAUGGACGGACACGGGCACUUGUGCUUAAAGCUGUCAAGUACUUGGAGGGAAUGUUGGUGCAAGUUAAGGAAGAGGAAAGAGCAUGUUCCCCCGGAGCCCGGAGAGACAUUUGUAUUGAUCCAAAAACAUAUUGCAAGUUAGGCCACUUCCAUCUGUUACUUGAAGACUAUGCUAAAGCAAUGUCAGCAUAUCAGAAGUUCUAUGCAUUAGAACAGGACAACUGGAAGGAUCCCCUGUUCCUGUAUGGCUUGGGCCUCUGCUAUUAUCAUUAUAAUGCAUUUGAUUGGGCGACGAAGGCGCUGCAGAUGGCGUUGUACGUGUCCCCCGGAUUCACCCGGGCCGCGGACGCUCACCUCAGGCUGGCGCUCAUGUUCAAGGCCCGCCGGCACUGGGCCGCCGCUGCCGUCCACUUCCGAAGGGCGAAGCUCGCGCCGCAUCAGGACGCGACCUUCACACGCCUCGAGCUCAGCUUCCACGCUGCGCAUCUCCUAGAAGCGAGAGGACUCAGGAAGGCAGCCAGAGAUGCCUACGAGCGAUUACUGAAGGAGCCGCAGCUGUCAUCGUCCUUGAAAGCUGAUGUCUGUCGCCAGUUAGGAUGGUUGUAUCAUCGUUGCGUGUCUCUGGGCGAGACCGCAGCCCGAGCUCGCGCUGCGGUGUGGUGUCUCCAGCGUGCUGUGAUGGCGGAGCCCGAGUCCGGUGCGGGGCUGUACCUGUUGGGGAGGUGCUUCGCCGCUCAGGGGAAAGUGCACGACGCGUUCGUCGCAUAUAGAAAUUCAGUCGAGAAAUCCGAAGGGAACGCUGAUACAUGGUGCUCUAUAGGAGUACUCUACCAGCAACAGAACCAGCCAAUGGACGCGCUCCAAGCUUACAUCUGCGCCGUUCAGUUGGAUAAAGGUCACUCAGCGGCCUGGACGAACUUAGGCAGUCUAUACGAGAGCUGUUCUAUGGCGAGGGAUGCGUUCGCCUGUUAUAACAACGGUGGACCAGCUGCCACUAUGGGAAACGCCCCACUGAGACAGAGACUCGCCUUCCUCAGAGCACACCUGGCACAUGCACCAAUGCCCUCAGUUACUGGCAAACGUCGUCCCUUGCCUUCGAUUGAGGAGGCCUGGAAUCUUCCUAUAUCAGCAGAGAUGUCGUCGCGGGCUCCUAAGGCCGCGCCGCCUCCAUAUCCUGGAGCAGCUGGAGGCAGUUCGGGGGGAACAGCCGCGAGCGCUGGAGGAACGACGGGGAGUGCCGCUGGAGCCGCCAAGGAACCCGCCUCGCUCAGCCACCACCAGCUGCAAACGCUGCAGUACUUGCAGAGGAAUUCUCAUAACCUGUCACCUCAACAACAAGCGCUGAUGCAGCAGCUAUUGUCUCAAUACCGUUUGUCACAAGCGGCGAGAGCUCGCUCGGUUGCGAAGAGUGAGGGCAGUGCGGCCGGGGACAGCGCCGAGUCACUGGCAGAGGACCUGUUGAAGAAGUUCACAGACUCACAGCCUGAUAUCAAGAAGGAACCCGCAGUUAGGAGUCCAUUAAACUCUAGCAACGAAGCUAUGCUCGGCGGCCGGCAGCCCGUGGUUAAACUGGAGCCGCUGAAGACGGACCCGCUCAAACCCGUCUCCUUCAACAUCGGCAUGAGCGCCAAGAACAUACUGGACGCCUGCAAAGAGAACGCCGGUCCUCCGUCUUCAUGGUCCGUCCUGGGUCCAGGCGCCCCGCCCCCCGACCCCCCCGGCGUCCCACCCCCGCGCCUCACCGCGGACCAGCUCGCGCCCCCCGCGCCCUUCGUAUAUGUGGAGACCAAACGCGACGCCUUCUCCCCGCAGCUUCAAGAUUUCUGCCUCAAACACCCGAUCGCGGUGGUGCGUGGUCUCACCGCCGCUUUGAAACUAGAUCUCGGCUUGUUCUCGACCAAGACUCUGGUAGAGGCGUGGCCGGACCACGCGGUCGAGGUCCGCACGCAGCUGAUGCAGUCUGCGGACGAGAACUGGGACGCGAGCGGUCGGCGCCGCGUGUGGGCGUGUGCCUCGCACCGCUCACAUACUACCGUGAGGAAAUACGCGCAGUAUCAGGCGGGGUCGUUCCAGGAGUCGCUGAGGGAAGAGCGUGAGCGUGGCGCAGCGCCAGCGCACGCACACUCGGCCGGCGCGCUCUCCGACUCGGACGGACGUGAGUCGGGCUCCGGUCCCGCUAAGCGACGUCGAGCCGCUCGUAUGCUGCGCUUCGGAACCAACGUAGAUCUAUCAGACGAACGCAAGUGGCGCGCUCAGCUCACUGAGCUGCAGAAGUUACCGGCCUUCGCUCGCGUGGCAUCCGCCGCUAACAUGCUGUCUCACGUCGGACACGUCAUCCUGGGCAUGAACACGGUGCAGCUGUACAUGAAGGUCCCCGGCAGCCGCACGCCCGGACAUCAGGAGAAUAACAACUUCUGCUCCAUCAACAUCAACAUAGGUCCCGGCGACUGCGAGUGGUUCGGUGUGCCGGACUCGUACUGGGGCGGCGUCCGCGAGCUGUGCGACCGGCACGGACUGUCCUAUCUUCACGGCUCGUGGUGGCCGGACCCCGAGGAGCUCCGCGCUCACGGCGUGCCCGUGUACCGAUUUACACAGCGUCCCGGCGACCUCGUGUGGGUGAACGCGGGCUGCGUCCACUGGGUGCAGGCCACCGGCUGGUGUAACAACAUCGCCUGGAACGUGGGGCCCCUCACCGCCAGACAGUACUCGCUCGCUCUCGAGCGCUACGAGUGGAACAAAGUCCAAAACUUCAAGUCGAUAGUCCCCAUGGUGCACCUCACGUGGAACCUGGCCCGGAACAUCCGCGUGUCGGACCCGCGGCUCCACCGUGCCAUGCGCACGUGUCUGCUGCAGACUCUCCGCGCGGCGGCCGGCACGCUGCAGACGGUGCGCGCGCGCGGAGUGCCGGUGAGGUUCCACGGCCGAGCCCGCGGCGAGGCGUCACACUACUGCGGCGCCUGUGAGCGGGAGGUGUGGCACGCGCUGCUGGUCCGCGAGCACGAGCGCCGCCACGUGGUCCACUGCCUGGCGUGUGCUCGCCGCGCCAGCGCUACGCUGCAGGGCUUCCUGUGUCUCGAGGAGCAUCACAUGGAGGAGCUGGCGCAGGUGUACGACGCCUUCACCUUACACCGGCCCACGCCCGCCGCGCCCGCGCCGCCGCCCGCACUCACGCCCGACUGAGCGCCUGUAUCUUAAUGGACGCGGCCGCGGUGAUUUCGGGGGUUCGGUCCGAGGGACUUCGACGUACCUGUAUUUAUUUGUGUGAGAGUGUUCCGAUUUUAGUUCGACCUCUUUUAGCUUUCUAAUUUAUUGAUUUAUAUUUCGUUCGUUCGUGAGUCGUCGGUUCGUGAGUCGGUAGCGAUUCGUCCUUCGUUCGUAAAGGUUAGACGCUAGCUAGUUCUGUAUUAUAUUAUAUUGACAUGAUUCGACCAAAUAUGAAAAGAAACUUUUGUAAAAAUCGCGAUCUAUUUUUAAUACACACUCGUGGGUAUAAAAUUGUCGUAACGAUAUUUUGAUGAUAGCAUAACUUUUGUAACUUGAAGAUGUUUACAGUUUACAAGCUCCUCGAUCACUUUUGUAAUUGUGAGAGAUAAUGUUAAACUGUUCAGUCAAUUUUCGGUAAGCAAUAGCCGACUAGGAGAGUAUGUCAUAGUAUUACGGCGCCGGCCACCACUAAGUAGUCGAUAGGUUUACUCUAAUUCAUAAGGGGAUGGUUCGGUUCGAUAGAUUAUUGGAUGGUCUCACUUGCUCAGGUGUUCACAACAAAAUGUUAUUUUUUUUUUGUAUAGAAGUAUAUUUAUUUAUUUUUUUCUCAUCCUGCGAUUUUAGUUUCAUGAAUUCUAGUUUAAUAUUUAAAUUUCAUAGCGAAUAGUAGUUCGUAGGAGAAAGGCACGGGUUGAGGCUCUGCGUUUUAGGAGGGUCUGCGAACAGUGCCGCUAGGUCCCAAAGAAUGUUAUACUCGUGUAUCCAACUGCCGCUGAAAUUUGGACGAAUUUAUUAUUCGCGCCUGAACUUGACAUUUCUGUCGCGUUUUAGAUCAUCUGACUACUUGUAUUUAUUUUAGUGAAACACGACUAAAUGAAAUUGUUUUUUUUUUAACUGAAUGGGAAUGUAGACAUAAUUAUUGUUUGGAUUUGUGUAAAAUUAGGCAAAGGUUAGCUAGAGGUCGGCAGUAAUUGGCGGAGAGCUCUCGACACUGACCUGUUGGUUAUUUCUCUUGGAGUUUUAUUGAUGUUAGUGAGAUUUCAAUGUUGAUUGUAUUUUCGGUGUCGGGAGCAUCAGGGAGGCGAGCGGAGCGUUGGUCUUGUAUAGUGAAUAUUCAUGUAAUUAUAAGUAAUUCAUAAUGAUAACAUCACUGCCAUUUACGACCUUACUGUUUAUACUGUAAUAUUAAAUUUUUAUUAAACGUAUCGAAAACUC